AUGUCUAUACCCCGCGACGUACGCGAAUUCCUGGAGGGCUACCCAGAGAACGACGACGACGCCUCCAUGUCCGCGAAUUUGCGCUUCUACUCCAACAAGCUGCGCUGCCGCCCUGAUAACCUCUUCAUUGACGAGAUACAUGACCGAUGGCACGGCGAUUACUCGAAACUAGAACACAAACAUGGUUUCAUCCAAUGGCUGUAA